AUGUCCAGCUGCUUAGGACGUAGGGGCUGGGGCGUUGGCGGAUACUAUAUCCCGCAAGACUGGAGUAGCCGGGGGCAGACUGAGAGGCGCGGGUGGGGGAAGGCUGGUGACGUCACCGCGCCUACUUUAGAAGCUGUCAAAGGGCCAGAGCCAGAGGAGCGGCGGGUGCCGCCAGUGAGUAUGGCGGAGUACGCGAAGAGCCGAGGGUUCAUCGCGGGUAACUCCGUGUCGCGGGGAGAUCCCGACGGCGGCGAUGUGGCGGAGUACGCCAAAGGCAUCCUGGGCAACUCCAUGCUCGAGGACGAUCCCAACGCCAACUCUUCCAUCGACCCGGAGGAAGUCAUCAAGCCCAGGUGGGGCCCGAACCACAAGGGUGCAAAGGAGUUAGCCAACCUUUACAGCAGAGGAAAAAGGAUACAAGAGUGCCUAAGUCUCGCUGUAAGCCUAGCUCUUAUAUUGUGCAAUAUCGUAUACAUCAUUAUGUACAUUCGUUAUGAAAAUUUAUCGUCAGUUCUUUUAGCAGCGAUAGCAGGAAUUAUUUCGGCUGACUUUACAUCAGGGUUAGUUCAUUGGGCAGCAGACACAUGGGGGUCAGUCGAAUUACCUAUCAUUGGAAAGCAUUACCUGAGGCCUUUUCGUGAACAUCACAUUGACCCGACAUCAAUAACCCGCCACGACUUCAUUGAAACAAAUGGAGAUAAUUUCAUGAUAACGAUACCCGUAUUGGGGUACCUCCUUUGGGGGUUCGCUACAGAAAGUUCUGCGCACAUUAAAAGAAGCUUCCCAUUUAGAGCUUACCUCUUCCUAUUUUCUAUGUUUAUAGCAAUGACCAAUCAGGCAAGAUGGGUGACGUGGUUACAGUCAUUUCAUAUAAUCCUGCCGAGGUGUCAUCAUAGACUGCAUCACGUUUCACCUCAUGAAAGUUAUUACUGUAUUACAACCGGCUGGCUUAACUACCCUCUGGAAUAUAUUCGAUUCUGGCCAGCUCUUGAGUCUGUUGUAUCCAAGUUCACAGGGAGUAAGCCCAGGCAAGAUGACAUGGCGUGGGCUCAGAAAAGAUUAUAG